ACAGGCAUGAGAAAGCUUGCUUUCCAUCUGCAGCUUUGGCCAGCAUGGAUUUCUACAGGAAGGCUCGCCAUCCAACCUGCAGUUUGUGGAUAUUUUGGGUAUUUUUCGGUCUCUGCCAGCGGUGCCUGGCAUCUUACCAAGCUCUGGAAAACUGGUAUUCAGUUUAUGCGCCAUACUCACAGUAUGUUUGCCCUGUGGGACAGAAUGUGAAUCUCACCUGCACCAUCACUGGAUCUGCACCCUCCAAGCAAGAACAUUUACAUUCAUUUUGGCGCUUUAGUAACAACAGGAACCCUGACUGUUCUCAUAAAAGGCAUGAGCAAAAUGUGACCAACCACCACACACUUGUACACACGGUGCAUAGCAGAGUAUUUCAUUUAAACCUACAGAAUCUGUCACAAGUAGACAGUGGCGACUACUGCUGUUAUGUUGUGGCCACCAUGAACAAGCACCUUAGGCAUGAAGCCCACAGUUACAUUCAGUUACAAGUAAAAACAGAUGAUCCAAAUCUUCAAACCUGCAUAUUUCAAUCAUCAGAUGGAGACAACGGAAAAAGUACAGCAGCAGCACUGGCGAUUGUGUCUUGCAUCAUUGGUAUCCUCUGCCUGCCACUCAUACUAUUCCUUGUUUACAAGCAAAGAAAGGCAGUCACCAACAGACGAGCACAGGAGCUUGUUAGAAUGGACAGUGAAGCCCAGGGCAUUGAAAACCCUGUCUUUGAUGACCCCCCUAGUGGGAAUGUCACUGGAACUACCGAACAAAGGCCCAGGUUGAAUUUUAUGGCUGCUCGUCAGCAGUCAGAAUCUGGCCGCCAUCUGCUCUCUGAACCAAACACUCCACUCUCUCCACCGGGACCUAAUGAUGUUUUCUUCCCUGCUUUAGAACCAGUUCCAGAUUCACCUGACCCCACCAGCGUCUAACCUGAUUUGCCAUUAACGGAGAGGAGUAUUUGGAACCCUGCAGGUUAUGCUAAAUGGAUUUUGGCAUAACUCUUGCAGUCUAGAACAAUUGCUUAUGUAGAAAAAACACACAUUAAGACAUUUGGACACCCAGUUUCCUACGUUACAAUCUAACAGAGAAAAUACCCAUCAAAAAGCGAUUUUUAAUGAGGGUCUUUUUAUAUCGUCAGAUCAAGAACAUAACUGGCCAUGUUUCAUUUUUGUAUAAAUAUCUUUGGAAAAUGCACUGAACCUUUUGUCAAAGAAAAGCAAUGAAUAACCAAAACAGAUUUAGAUCUUUAUGGACACUAUAAAUCCCACUUGCGUACUAAAUGGAAGUUGACUGGUAAAACCAACUCAUGUGUUGCCCGUUUUAUAUUUAUUUCGGCAUGCAUUUCUAAUUCAGAAGUACAUUUCUAAGCUAACAUAACUUAUCUGACUGAAACCAGUUACUGCCUUAUCUGUAUAAAAUGUCCGCAUUUUCUCUGCUUUUGUCAAGUAUGUUUACCUACUUAAAUAGAAAUACGUGAGAACCUGUAGCCCCUGGCUAACCAAGGCAAUACGUGCUUGGAUAUGCAAAACCUGACUUGACCUAAAUAUAUGGACUAUGCACCAAAAGUUCACCAAGUUGAAUCUUUCCAAGCAGCUUUAUCUCUUGAUCCUGAAGGCCAAAAAAUACCCCAAUGAAAAAUGUAUCCAAUAUUGUCCCAAAGGGGUGAAACAAAAACCUUCUUGACUCCAAAUGCACUCAUGUUUUCUUCCCCGAAUCAAUAUUACCUAAGUAAAAGAUGGACUGUAAUUCUCUGAAUGGCUAUAUUCAGAAGUAUCUGCCAAAGCCCAUCAGUUGGAUGUAUAUUUCAAAUCAUACCUGCCCUGACGUUUAAUAAAACCUUUCCUUUGCUUAACAUGAAA